ACAGCUUUUACUGAGCAGCGUGUCACGGGACAGUGCUGUGACACUGUUGUUGUGAACUCCCAGUCCUUUUUAGCGAAAGUAUUGACUUAUUACGAGAGAAAAAACUAAACACUUCGAGUGGCUAACUUCAACUAGAGAGGCUGAGGUUGCUGAAGACUGCUGGAAAGAGCUUCAAUAAAUAAAGGUCUUUACUCACUAUUCAGGAAGAGUUUUGUUUCCAUUAUUUUAGCUGAAAAUGGAUAACAGGGACUCCACUGAGAGAAGCCCGCUUUUGGACUCAGGAAACAGACCUUCACCACCAUCAGUCUUCCAGGGACGGAGACUAGCGUGUGCUGCCAUCCUACUUGCUGAGUCCUUGGAAAGGGUUGCAUUCUAUGGCAUCACAUCCAAUCUGGUACUUUUUCUCAACAACAGCCCUUUUUACUGGGAAGGCACUGAGGCCACGCAGGCACUUCUGACAUUCAUGGGAAUAACUUAUCUGAUUUCACCGUUUGGAGGCUGGCUGGCAGACGCGUACCUUGGGAAGUUCUUGACUAUUGCUUCAAGCUUAAUCCUGUAUUUGAGUGGCAUGAUUUUUUUCCCUUUUAUUUCAAAAGACUCAACAAGGAUACACCUAUGUGGAGAAGAGACAGCAUUUCCUGUGCAACCUGCUGAAUGUAUGAACAACACCACUCCAACAAAUGUAACUUGCCCAUGGCGCAGACCAUAUUGUGACUCAGUAAUCUACAUAGGACUGGUUUUAGUUGCACUUGGUGUUGGUACUGUGAAAUCCAACAUCACUCCCUUUGGCGCCGAUCAGGUCAAAGACAAAGGACCUGAGGCCACGCGCAGAUUCUUCAACUGGUUCUACUGGUGCAUCAACUUAGGAGCUAUCCUGUCUCUGGGAGGUGUGGGAUACAUCCAGCAGAAUUACAGUUUUGAGGUUGGUUACAUCAUCCCGGCGGUGUGCCUCGGGAUCUCCUUCCUGGUCUUUGUUCUGGGACGGACCGUUUUCAUCACAAAGCCUGCCGACGGCAGUGCCUUCUCAGAUAUGGUCAAGAUCCUUUCCUUUGCCUGUUGCUCACAGAAACCAAAGGAACCAAACCUGCUUCGCAAUAAACCCACCCUGCUCGACACCGCAAAACUGACCUAUGGAGGGAAAUUUCCGGAAGAAAAAGUAGAGGAAGUGAAAUCAUUAGUGAAAAUCCUUCCAGUUUUCUUUGCCCUUAUUCCAUACUGGACAGUGUAUUUCCAGAUGCAGACAACAUAUAUCCUGCAGAGCUUCCAUUUGAGGAUUCCUGGUACACCCUCAAACACCUCGGUGGACACCUCUCAUCAGUUCACCUUCCCGGCUGCCUGGCUCACCAUGUUUGACGCAGUGCUCAUCCUCAUGCUCAUCCCUCUUAAAGACAAAGUAGUGGACCCCUUCCUGAAGCGCCGUGGCCUGCUGCCCUCCCCUCUGAAGAGGAUUGCUGUGGGGAUGUUCUUUGUCAUGUGGUCAGCCGUGGCAGCGGGUAUUCUGGAGACCAAGCGCCUUGAAAUCGUUAAAUCGAAUGGUACCAUCGACCAGGUGCUUGGCAAGGUUGUCUUCCAUGCUGCAAAUUUACCCAUUUGGUGGCAAGUGCCUCAAUAUGUGCUGAUAGGAAUCAGCGAAAUCUUCGCAAGCAUUGCAGGUCUGGAAUUUGCCUAUUCUGCAGCACCCAAGUCCAUGCAGAGUGCAAUUAUGGGGCUCUUCUUUUUCUUCUCUGGGAUCGGCUCGUUCGUGGGCUCCGGUUUGCUGGCCAUCGUUUCUCUCAAGAAUAUCGGCUGGAUGUCUUCCCACAAAGACUUUGGCAACAUCAACGGCUGCUCCCUGCACUACUACUUCUUUCUCCUGGCGGGCAUCCAGGGUCUCACCUUGCUCGUCUUCCUCAUUGUUUCGGUCAAGUAUGACAAGCAGAGGAGCAGAGUAGGAAGUCAGCGCCAGAGACACUCCUCCUCUUGACCUCUGCACCCAUAACACCAGCCUUCACCUGUCACAAUGCCAAAAGAUCCUGUCCAAUCAGUAUUUACUUAUGAUCCUAUAGCGCUCUGGGUUGUUGUUAUUAUUAUUAUUAUAUCACAACUAUACACUUAUUUAUGCUUAUUGUAGCUAUUUUGAUUUGGUGUUUCUGUCACCUUUCUUGUACAGUGGUUGUUUUACCUUGACUGAAUGGGCUUUCAGGUGCCACAGACAGAACAGGAGUCCUGUGACUUAUUUCUGCUGAUCUCCCCUUUUGCUACGUGUUUAUUCCUGUUGCCUUUUUUUUUUAAUCAUUUGCACUUAACUUGAGCAAUGGUACCAUAAAAUGUGAUAUUUUCAUGUUUUCUAAUAUAAUAAGAAAGCUGACUUGUUUUUAUGUGUUGGUUUUUACUUCAUCCCUAUAAAAUGACAUUUUAUAUCUUAUAUCUCAGUCUUUACAAUGACUUGAUACUUUUACUAAUUAAGCUUUUGAUUCCAUCAUAAUUCUUUGCUUAAUAUUUUUAAUCCAUCUUUAAUUAUUAUUUUUUUAAUUUUACGAAUCCUGCUAUGCAAUCUAAUAUUGAAAGCAGAAAAUCUUCAACGUUUGUGUGCCACCGCCUGUGAAUACACUGCACACAUAAAAUGACAAAAAAGUCAUACUAUUAAGUCCACUGUAACUCUUCCAAUAACACAGUUAAUGUCUAAUUACAGCUCAUCAUGUUACAAAAUUAACUGUUACAGUAACUAGCGCACAAAAGCACAGACUUUAAAAAUCAUUUCAUUACUUAGUAAGUCACAGAUCCCGUUGUUUUUGUUUUUAAGGAAUUUUCUGUUUUUGCUGUAUUUGUGAGGCUGUGAUGCUUUUGAGUUUGAUACUGUUGUAUAUGUGUGUGUGUGUGUGCGUGUGUGUGUGUUUUGAAAUGUCAGAUUAAGUAGAGAACGAGCUAUUGUAACGAGUUUUAUUAUGAGGACACUCAGGGCUUUAGAAAUCAUGUGAAGUACUGAAGUAAUACUCCAGGAAAUAUACCACUGCCUUUGGGAGCUCACAGCUGUUUACUGUCAGUGUAAGUAAAGACGCAGUAAACAUAAAGCAAGAGGUUCACUUCCUCUUCCUGAUUGUAUGAAAUGCCUGUUGGAUGGAUUUUCGUUUGUGUUCAUUUGCCAUAUGAAUCUAAAUCAUCUCUGUCUUGUUGAACUGCAUUUUGUCAUAGUGCCUUUUUCAUCUCAUUAUUUUUAAGACUCACUAUACUUACUGUAACUUUACCCUUUGAAAAUGCUUCAAGAUUGGAAUAGUGUUUUGUGUUUCUAUUUAUGCUCAAUAAAGUCUAUUCCAUGGA